UCAGUCACCUCUAGGAAGUGAAAGAGGACGGUACGCCACGCUCGCGCUCUCCUCCUCUUGGCAGUGAAACUUGAGACAACUCCUAGUGACCAAUAUUAACCUUCUCCCUGUUACCUGACCCACCUGUCCUCGCCCCUGGUACAAGUUCGGAACGUGUUUAAAUAUUGGUGAAGCAGACCUUGCACCACCACCACCACCACCACCUGUAAGUGUCCCAUCCACACACACUUCUCAGCCGCACUUCAGCACAAGCUUAGCGCCAUGAGGUGUGUGGCCUCCCCCCCGCCAAGCGCCUCCGUGCUGAGCCAGUCUUCAGGAUGCCUGAGCGCGGCGUGGUCAUAGCCCCGGCAUCAUGGUGGUGUUGUGUGGCCGCCUGGAGGUGGUGGUAGUGGAGGCGGCGGACCUCCCCAACCUCGACCACAACGUGCUGCGGCCAGAGGACAAGAGUGACCCCUACUGUGUGGUGGAGGUGCAGGGCGGCGGCGGCGGCCUCUCUAAAAUCGGCAAGACCUUCACCAUCGACGACUGCCUCAACCCGCGCUGGUUCUUCCGCCUGGUGGCCGACGUGAGCCAGGACGUUGCGGGGUUGCGCUUCACCGUCAAGGACAGAGACCUGCUCUCCUCAGACAUCAUCGGCAGCUGCUUCCUCCCCGUGCACACCUUCGCUGGCAGCACCACGCCCCAGCCCGCCGACCUCACCCUCGUCAACACCAAAGGCUUCCGUGCGGGAAGCCUGCGCGUCACUGCAGCCUUCGUGCCCGCACCAGGCCAGCCUGACGUGACCAUCGGCCAGCGCACCAUCACCAGGGCCAACGAGCUGCGGGAGCGAGUGUCCCGCAAGUUCCACAGACCUAACGAGGCCAACCAGUCAUUCUGCGACAUGGCGUUCCUGCACGGCGUGCUGGACAUUCGCCUGGAGCGCGCCACCAACCUGCCCAACCUGGACUCGUCCAUCCUUAGCCUCAGCAAGAAGGAUGUGUCCGACCCCUUCGUGGUGGUGUCCCUCGAGGACCCUGACGGCGAGCCCUGGAAAGUGGCCACCACGCACGUCAUCGACAAUGACCUCAGCCCCGUGUGGGACGAGACGUUCCGCGUGGACGUGUGUCACGACGUGUCCGCCGUCACCUUCACGGUGCGCGACAAGGACUUCCUGUCCUCGGAGCAGAUUGGCUCGGUCACCUUCCCCGUGAGCGAGGUGAUGACCGAGACUGGCAUCCACGACACCUUCGACCUGCUCAGGGAGAACAAGAACAAGAAGGCGGGCACGCUGACCCUGGCCCUCACCUACCACCCCAAGCAGUCCGUGGCGCCCUCACACGAGGUCCCUGAGUGUCUCUUCCCACUGCGCCAGGACAACAUGGUGCGCCUUUACCAGGACGCCCACUGCCCCGAGCUGCCCCGCCCCCUGCACACACCCCAAGGACAGCUCUACCACCCGCGCAGCACAUGGCGCGACGUGCACGCCACGCUCAUGGGCGCCACACAGUUCAUCUACAUCGUGGGAUGGAGCGUGAGCGCCAAGAUCGCCCUGCUGCGCGAGGAGGGCGACGACACGCGCACCCUGGGCGAGGUGCUCAAACAGAAGGCUUAUGAGGGAGUGCGUGUGCGCCUGCUGCUGUGGGACGAGUUGACCUCCAACGACCUGAAGAAGCAAGGCGCCAUGAGCACUGAGGACGAGGAGACCUCCAACUUCUUCCGCGGCACGCCCGUAGUGGUGGUGCUGGCGCCGCGCGACCGCCACAGCAAGGACAUGUUCUCCACCAAGACACAUUUCACCUCGCUGUGCUACACGCACCACCAGAAGUGUGUCAUCGCGGACGCGCCCAUCGAGGAAGCGCCGGGUCGCAGGAAGGUGGUGGCCUACGUGGGCGGCCUGGACCUGACGGGCGGCCGCUACGACAACCCCGGCCACCCGCUGUUCAAGACGCUGGUGCGCGAACACAAGAACGACUUCCGUAACCGCGUGUUCCCUACCCUGACAAGUAGCAGCGGCCCGCGCGAGCCGUGGCACGACAUCCACAGCUUCAUUGACGGCCCCGCUGCCCAUGACGUGCUCAUGAACUUCAUCGAGCGAUGGCGCAAGCAGGCGGCGGACCACAUGAACGCCAUCGUGCCGCUGCAGCAGAUGGAGGGUGUGGAGCUGGACUACCGCAGCGCCGCCCCGGACCGCUGGAACGUGCAGAUCUUCCGCUCCAUCAACUCGGACUCCGCAGUGUUCGACUGGUCCGCGGGCGCCACAGGCCUCACCAAGAAGAAGGGCCGCGCCUUUGAUAACAGCCUCCACCGCGCCUACAUCCACCACAUCCGCAGGGCGCGGCGCAUGAUCUACGUGGAGAACCAGUACUUCAUGGGCAGCAGCCACAUGUGGCCUGAGUGUCGCGACGCCAAGGCGGGCAACCUCGUGCCCCUCGAGAUCGCCGCCAAGAUCGAGGAGAAGAUCAGGAACGGCGAGCGCUUCGUGGCCUACAUCUGCAUCCCGAUGUUCCCCGAGGGCAAACCGGCGGACAAGGUGACACAGGAAAUCCUGCACUGGCAGCUGCGAACCAUCCAGAUGAUGUACACACGCGUGGCUGCGGCGCUGCGGGCGGCGGGGUCCGAGGCGCACCCACAGGACUACCUCAUCUUCCUGUGCCUGGGGCGAAAGGAGGCCCCUGAGGAUGUUCCCGCCGAGCUGACGCCCCCCGAGGAUCCCUCCGCCGCACUGGCCUUCGCGCACCGCCGCCUCAUGAUCUACGUGCACUCCAAGAUGGCGAUCUUCGACGACGAAUACAUCAUCGUGGGCUCCGCCAACAUCAACGACCGCUCCCUCAGUGGCAACCGCGACACGGAGAUCGCCAUGGGCAGCUACCAGCCCAUGCACGUGGGCUACGGCGCCUCGCUGCCCUACGGUGACGUGGCCAUGUUCCGCCGUGGCCUGUGGGUGGAGCACAUGGGCACUGCGGCCCCCGUGGACCUGGACCCUGGCUCCGUGGAGUGUGCCCGCGCCGUGCGGUGGCUGGGCGAGGACUCCCUCAAAGCCUAUCUAGACCCAGGCGACGCGCCCAACCCACGCAACAUGCUGCUGUACCCCCUGGAGGUGAGCGGCGAGGGCGUGGUGGGGCCGCGCCAGGACUGCCCUACCUUCCCCGACACCCUCGGCAGCGUGCUGGGCGGCCGCUCCAAAGUCUUCCCCAGCACCCUCACCACAUAGACACCCCCCAACUCCCACCCAUCCCAGCCCCCUCCCCUGCGUCGCCACCCCCAGGCGGGCACCUCUUCCCUACCACUGUGUUAGUGACGAGGCUGCGAACAGUGACAAGGGGCUCCGCGUGGCGUGACAGUGAGGGACAGAUCCGCCCCGCUCCCCCCAGCCCAACUCCAGGCACAAAUCCUCCUCCCAUCCCCCAUCCCCUACAGUGCCCCUUAAAACGGGGUGGUUUUCUCUCCCGUGGAUUGACCCUCAUCUCUCCCAAGGUGCUACAACAGUGUUGUGGGCCGUCUGUGGCGCGACACACACACACACUCACACACACAGACACACACACACACACACACACACACACACACACACACACACACACACACACACACACACGAGUGAUUCAUACUUUGUUUUGACGCGUGUUCCACAUAUGAAGAUAAACUCGUUAACUCUGGAACACACACACACACACACACACACACACACACACACACACACACACACACACACACUGGAUCUAAUAUUAGUGUUUUAGCAGAAAGUUAGGCAUCUUCCAAUCGCAUACAUACAUACAUACAUACACACAUACAUACACACACACACAUACAUACACACACACAUACAUAUAUACAUGCAUACAUAUAUAUUUUUCCUCCUAUAUGCUCAAGUUAUCGCUUCGCUAACUGUUACCAAAACGCGCAUAACAGUAGCCAAUAUUUUUAACAAGGUAUUCGCUUCUUCUCCAAACCACCACCACCACCACCACCACUACCACCGCCGCCGCCACUACGUUACUAGGUCUAUGGUUCGUAUUGUAAUCAUUCUACUAACACUUCUACUCUAAGUUAAGGAACACAGUGACUCUUGCCAAUACUGGGAAAGCUAUUUUUUAACUUGGUAGGUUUAGUUAUUCAUUUUUUACUCUUUUAUUGUAAGCGUAAAAUGAAUAAAAAAAAAAAAUAAUGUAUACUAACAAAAGUGAGGUGGGGUUUUGCUGACUGACGCAUCACCCAACUCUUUUUUUUAUUCAUAUAACAAUGUAGAGAGAAAAAAGUUAGUGUAGAUUAAUUUUUUUACAUAUUCCAGCUGAUUUUUUAAACUUUUUAUUGUAUGAUUCAAAUUGUUAUGAUUAUUAAUGAUUAUUGUUAGUUUACAUGUGUUGCCACUUGCGAGGGUGUUGGAAGAUGAAUAGCAGCGAGUACUGAGAUAAUGCUGCAUGAUAAGAGAGAGGAGGUAGAGUUUGAAGGAAAGAAAAGAGAUCAUGAACAGUGUGAUGAUAGAGAGGAUGUGGACUUCAAAGAGGAAAAAAAUGUUGGAAAGUGUGAUAUCAUUUGACUUCAUUUCAUAAUAACAAAGAUACAUUUUGAAGCAGAAGGAAAGUAAAGAUGUUAGAAGCUUGUGGUAACGGGAAACAGUUUGAAAUGAUAAGGAAACAGAGAGGAGAAAAUGGGAGAAGGAAAAAGACAGUGCUGAAAAGUGUGAUAACAUUUCAUAAGAACAAAGAGAAGGCAGUGCUUGAAGAUGAAAGAAAAUGAUGGUGUUAGAGAGACAGGUUGAAAUAAUAAAAUGAUAUCAAAGAGGAAGUAAAGUUAUAAGUAAUGAGGAAGGAAGUAAUAAUGUUGAAUAAUGUUGAAUAAUGUUAAGGAUCAUGUUAACAAAGGGGGAAGUAAGUUUUAAAGUAAGAAGAGAGUAAUAAUGUUAAAAGUGACAAUAUUUCAUGACCACAGUUGAAAUAAGCAAAUAAUGAUGUACUAGUUCACAGUAAGAGAGGAAAUAGAGCUUCAAGAAAUAAAGAAACCAAACAAAUUAAGAGAUUCUCCAUUUUCGUAACAGUUGAUUUAUUGCCUUAGUUCAGUGAAGAAUUUAAUCAUCAUCCUACCUGUACUUAUAUCAUGGGAAGGUGAGAUGAAAUUUUAAUUGGAGAGAUACACCUGUGAUUAUGAGCCUUAAUUAGCAGUUGAGGUGAAAUAAGGGCUCAUGAGAAUAAAUUUAAGACACGUGUCAAUGAAUGUUGAUUAGCAGGUAAAGACAAUGUGUAGUUAUGUCAUUAUAAAGCUACACCUGUGUUUUCAAAAUUGAUUAAGGCAAGUAAAGUAAGCUAAUGAUUGUUGACAAGUGAUACCUGUGUUUUGGAGGUGAAAUAACGACAGGUAAGAAUGAGGCAGUGAUAGAUUGUGAUUGAAAAAUUGUACUUGUAGUUUUAUAAAGAUAAAUGAUGUAAUUAGAGACUAAGAAUAAUACUUUUGUUUUCUGUAGGGGAUGUCAUUACGAGUGUAAGGUCAGAAAAACUAUACCUGUAUUUCAUAAGGCUUAGUUUUGUUUAUCGUUUUGUUGUUGUUAACCGUCUUUAAUUACGAGGUCAGAGGAAUUGCACCUGUGUGUUGUAAAGAUGAAUUGAUUAUUGGGUCAGACAAACUACACCUGUACAUUGUAGGGCUCAGUCAAACACCAGUUGUUCUUUGUAAAGGUGAACAGACUACCAGGUGAGAGUGACCACACCUGUAUUUUGUAAAAGUUGAUUAUUCACCAUUGAAAUAACACCUGUGCUUUGUAAAGGUGAGCUAAUGAUGAGGUCAGGGAGGUAAUUAGUGACUUAUUGCAAACUACACCUGUAUUUUGUAAAGGUGGACAAAUCAUCUAUGUAUAUUUGUAAAGGUGAAGUCAUUAUUUUUUGAGUGAGGCAUUGACAGGUAGUGGAAGCCAAGCAACACCUGUUAUCUGAGGUAUUAAUGUUACCUGUGUGUGGCACCUGUUGUCAGCAGCAUGUGUAAUUAUGUACCUUUGGCCUUCCUGUAACUGUAGUCAACUAACAUGUCGCCAGCACUGUAGGUAGCUGCUAACAAACUCCAUGGGGACGUAAAGUAGCGAUGGGGAGUCAAGAAACCCAUUACUCUUUAAUACUGUCUUGUCUUGAACAAUUACAGUCUCUCAAAGUUACUGUGAUUUCCAAGGGUGUUGUGUUACUGUUGCAGUGGUAGUUCAACUGGCUGUAGUGGAAGUUGUCCGGAUUUCCAAAGGUGAUUUCUUACGAUUCCAGUGGUAGUUCAACUGGCUGUAGUGGAAGUUGUCCGGAUUUCCAAAGGUGAUUUCUUACGAUUCCAGUGGUAGUUCAACUGGCUGUAGUGGAAGUUGCUGUGAUUUUCAAGGUAGUUUGAAGGGCUGUGGUGAAAGUUAUUGGGGUUUUCAAGGAUGUUUUCGUGUUUUCAGUGGUAAUUUUAAUAAGUAGACGGAUUAUAAUGGAAGUUCAAGUCGUCAAGUGUGUUUUCCUGACUUUAGUAGUAGGUUAACAAAGAUUUUAAACUUUAAACUGGCUCUAGUGGAAGUUAUUCAAAUUUUAAAGAGUGUUUUCAUCAUUCAAAUAAAAAUAUAACUAGAAUCCUUACCUUAUCAGUGGAAAAAACACCCUUGAGAACCCGAUUAGUGAUCUCUGAGCCCAUGAAAGUAAUUGUGAUGAGCGAACAAAGCGUUUCAGAAUGCAGACACGCAACAAGACAAACCACAUGACAAUACCGCUAUGAACAGGGCAAGGGAAGGAGACUCGAGUUGAUGCAUUGUGGGAGUUGAAGGAAAGAGGAGUGUUAGAUGUUCCGCUAGAAUUAUAAGCUGCAAUUGAAGAGGUGAUUGUAUUUGUUCUGAAUCAUCGCUUUGCUGAAGACCAAAGUAGAGAUUUAUUGUUCGUAUCCACUGAGGCGCCGUGCAUUUCAGAGUGGUGGUGAACAAAACCCAGACAAGAUUGCAUUUACCGAUGUGACCCGAUGUUUUUUCGUUGUCCACGGCGAAAAAUAGUAAAGAAAUGAUGUAGCAUAAUGUAUUGUGAUUUAAAUAUGGUGUGUAACGUAAAUAACUUGCUUUAAAUUAUCAGUAUAGAGAUUGCAUUUACCGAUGUGAGUAAAGUUAAGGAUGUGCCGAGAUUAGAGUUUUGAAAUGGCGCUUUUUUUCUUAUGGAUGUACUCUUAAUAUGAUGCAUCAAAUGAAAAACUUGCAUUAAAUGAUCAUUAAAUAAAUUGUGUUUACCGAUAAGAGUAACUCUGAUGAUAAGUAAGGAGGAAAGAGUUGAGAAAUGGUCUGUUUAAUGUGGACAUAAUGGAAGUGUAGUGACGAAUGAAGAGCAUGUAACAUUUUCUCUUGCACAAAAUUACAAUUCUAGCGAAGCACUGAGAGGUUUGAAUACGUGCAUCGUUUCAAGUUUAUUUACCUUGCCCAAGAUUCUUAAUGUAGUAGAAGAAAAGAAAUUAAGAGACACAUA